AUGGUCCAACAAAGGGACGCUGCGGUGACAAAGUUGUCAGAGGCUGAGGCUGCAAAGGAAGCUGCGAAAAAGUCAAGGCAGGACUAUCAAGAUGCCAGCCGCACCCACCUUCAUGAAAUCAGAAGAUUGGAAGAGGUUAUGGGUGUCUUGUGUCAAACACAUAUAAAUAUUGUGGUGUUAUAUAAUGGAUCAUGGGAACAAGUUUUGAACGAAGGUUGGUCAUUUAGUGCUAAACAAAGCAAGGGUAUGAAGGUGCCAAAGACUAUCACUUACAAUAGUCUUGUUGAUCAAUUGUAUACUUUAAUCGGAGCUGACAAGUCUCGUAUUGAUCUUGACUUAAAUGUAAUCUAUCAUUUUGGAAGUAAAGGUAUCCCUCCAUCUUUGAUUAGUAAUGAUGAUGAUGUUGCUUUUUUUCUUGAUGAGAUAGGAACAUCUAUCAAUCAUCGGACACCCCUAUGUGUGUCUACUAUAGAGAAGAGAAGUAAUGAUCCUUUGGUUACUAAAACACGUGAGUUGUAUACUAUUCCUCCAGUUGAAACCAAAGUGAAUGAUGAUUUUUGCAUUGAUGAUGAUAAUGAAAAUAUUGAUAGGUAUACCUGCAAUGAUGUACUUGUGAAGCAUAAUUUACAACAGUCAACCUCCAAUGAAGUAUUGAAGAGCCAUGAUUCCUCAAAUAAUAGAGGUCGUAAAGUAAGACAGGUUGGUGAAGAUAAUCUAUGGAGUACUCCACUUUUGUUGAAUCAAGGGGAAAAAGGCUCUACUUCAGCCUCAACAGCUCAAUUACUGACAUCUUCUUCGAGUAUCAAUUCGUGGGAAAUAAAAGAGGGUCAAAUAUUUGAGAACAAGAAAGAGUUGAAGAUGAAACUCCAUCUUUAUGCAUUAAAGAAAAACUUUGAGUUUAAAGUAAAGAAGUCUGCGAAAAAUAUAUGGUGUACAGUAUGUGUUGAUGAUAAAUGUAAAUGGAGGUUGAGGGCUACAAAAUUGGUUAAUUCCAAUAUGUUCGAGGUUCGUAAAUUUUUCGGUGAACACACAUGCUCAUUGGAUGUUCGACAUAAAGAUCACUGUCAGGCAUCCCCAUGGCUUAUUGGACAUGUCAUAAGGAGAAAAUUUGAGGGUGAUGAUGUUAAUUACAAGCCAAGGUCAAUUGUAAAAGAUGUGAGUUUAUCAUAUGGAGUUCAUAUGAGCUAUGCUAAAGCUUGGAGGUGUCGAAAGCAUGCAUUGGCUUACAUAAGAGGUACACCAGAAUCAUCAUUUCAGAAACUUCCCUCAUUUCUAUACAUGAUGGAGCAAAAAAAUCCUGGAACUGUUACUCAUUUGCAAAUGGACAAUGAAGGUAGGUUCAAAUAUUGCUUCAUGGCCUUAGGUGUUUCUAUAAUGGGGUUUAAAACAUAUAUCUGCCCAGUUAUAUGUGUAGAUGGAACCUUCUUGACUACUCGGUGUGGAGGUACUUUGUUAUGUGCCAUGGGACAAGAUGCUAACAAGCAAAUAUAUCCAAUUGCAUUUUCAGUAGUUGACUCAGAGAAUAAUGACUCAUGGUUGUAUUUUCUACUGAGGUUGAAGGAAGCGAUUGGUGAAGUGGAGAAUCUAUUAUUCGUGUCUGAUAGACAUACUAGUAUAGCAAGUGCCUUGACUAAAAAUUUUCCUGAGGUACACCACGGUGCUUGUAUACAUCAUGUUAGCAUGAAUAUCCGUGCGAAGUUCAAAACUGACCAUUGCCAUGAAGAAUUCUUCCUUGCAGCGAAAGCUUAUAGAAAGCGAGAGUUUUUACGCCAUUUUGAGAAGAUUAAAUUCAAAGAUCUUGCAAUUGCUCAAUACUUAGAGAAUCAAGUGGGUUUUGAAAAGUGGGCUUGUUCUUUCUUUCCUGGUCAUCGAUAUAAUUUAAUGACUACAGGUAUUGCCGAAAGCUGGAACAAUGUCAUUGCUGAGGCACGUGGGUGGACAAUUACUUGUCUCAUGGAAUUUAUGAGGCACACUUUACAAAAAUGGUUUUUCGAGCGUCGAACUGCAGCAUCAGCGGCUACAAGUCCUCUUGCCACAGAAGUGGAAGCUGAUUUGCGAAAGUUAACAGACAAGUCCACUACCUCGUUCUCUUUUCCGUCUAGUCAAUAUGAAAUAACAGUAUUGGAUGGUGAUCUUGAUGGAGAUGUCGACCUGAGGAGGAAAACAUGUAGUUGUAGAAGAUUUGAUUUGACAGGUCUUCCUUGUGAACACGCUCUAGCUGGUGCUCGAGAUCGUGGCAUUAGUCCAUAUAGUUUAUGCUCCAGAUUCUACACAGUUGAAGUGUGGUUGUCAUCCUAUGGUGGAUCUGUAUAUACGCUGGGUAAUGAAGAAUCUUGGGUGAUACCAAAUGACAUAGGAAGUAUGAUGAUAGCUCCUCCUUUAGUGAAGCAGAAGGCUGGUCGUCCAAAGAAGAAAUGA